AUGGUAAAGCUACUUGUACAUAGUAGUGGCCGCAUUGUUAGAAGUGCUAUCAAAGUAAAUGCGAUGAACAACGAAAGUUUGACAGCAUUGGAUCUGGUAAUGCAUCUUCCAAUUGAUGAAGCAGACCAAGAAAGAAUAAGAAGUAGCCUAUGCAGUGUACGAGCUAAGAGAGGGCAAGAUAUUUUUAAUAUGGGGAAGAGCAAAGCAGUAGCAACAAAAUUAAGUUGUGCAGUGAAAUGGGUGGUUUCUAAGUCAAAAAUAAAAUCUUUACAAAAGAAUUUUAUGAGAUUGAAGGUGGAGAGGGAUACUCCACUUGAUACGCGUAAUGCAUUGUUGGUGGUAGUAGUUCUAAUUGUUACUGCAACUUAUCAAACUGGACUCAAUCCCCCUGGUGGUUAUUGGCAAGAUGACAACACCUCAAGCGAGGGCGGCUGUAUUGUAAUUGAGCAUUUGGCAGGACAGCCAAUUUGGUAUACGAAAGCCAGACUUAUAUACAAUUUGGUGAUGUUGUUUAACUUUGCAGGGUUUCUUCUAUCGAUCAUUGAUCCUGGUUUACAACCUCAUAGUAGGAUUUCCUUUACGUGGUGCACUCCUACUAGCUCUACUCUUUAUGUUGCUUACUUUUUCAUGGUCAACAACAAUAGGUCCUAA